CGGAAACGCGCGCAAUUAUUGCGCGGGAAAUAUUCGUUCAAGAACAGUAAUUUUAUAUUAAAACGUGUAUAUUUUACGACUGAAUCGAAAUAGGUUCUCGUUGUUUUGAGUGUUUGUGUUUUUUUUUUUAUUUUAUUAAAAAUGGCAGCUGGUGCAUAGAAAACAAUGGAAAAUGGCCAUGAACAAUACGAAGAGGUACCAUGCAUAAAGGUAGUGUCUAAAAUCAGUCAACGCGUGCCAAAAACUGCAGACAAUUUAACCGUAAACUUGGAAAAAGUGGACCAAAUAGUCGGUGCGUUGGAACCUAGUCAUCAAAGUCUGUUGGACAGGAUAACAUUUGAAAGUGAGAAGCUUAAAGGGAGUCAGAGUGAGUCUUCAUCUAGAAGGAAUAGCAACGAUGGCGGCAGAGCAAAGAGAGAAACACUAAGAGAAGAUGGAACAAACUCCGAGCCCCCCACCGCCCAUGUGACCAACUACAACGCGUGGAACGAUCUCGCCAGUUCCAAUUCCACCACGCGGACCGAACUUAGCGGAUCAGACGGACAUGUAGAUGAACAGAAACCAACUCGCCGUCGCAGCCACGAUUCAGCGAUACCCAAUACCCCAACCCAACGCUCGUCGUGGAGGUCAGCUGAUAGUCUCGCCCCAGACUCAGCUUUCGGCACUUCGCUGUCUGAUAUCAUAGAGAGUCCUACAAAUAAGAUCCAUCUCAGAGACGACAUAUCCCAAUCAAGAGAUAGUUCAGAAGAACGCAAAGCUAAGAAGCACUGGCGUCUGCUACGUAAUGCUGCGACAGCUGCUGACAUGUUGAGUAAAAAGGAUGCAGCCUUGCCAGGCACUCCUCUGCCGAGUUUACAGUCUAACCCUAACAGCCAAAGUUCCAACUACCCCAGAGAAGAACGAACGCCAUCUAUACCAAAUAGUUCCACAGAGCCGGAAGAAAAUGUUGGAGAAACUAGUUCAGAGGGCUUAGAUCCAGAUUCCUUAAUGUUUCGUGAUGGGAGACGUCGCAUAGAUAUGGUACUCGCUUAUGAAGAAGAAGAUUAUGGAGUUAUGACUGAAAUAGAGGCGCGGAAGAAAGAAUAUAGACGUACAUUCCAAGAAAACUUAAGAAAAGAAGGCCUAGAAUUAGAAUUGGAGAACAAAUGCUUGUCGUUCGAUGGUAAAACUUGGUUCCUAAAAAUUCACAUUCCAUGGAAAACAGAGGUGCGGUUAGCCGAAGUUUUAAGCUUAAAGUUGCCUACGAGGAGGUUCAUCAGUUUAUCUGUAAAAGCGUGGAAUGAUGAACUAGACGCGGAAGCGGAUAAGCACUGGUACACUAAAUGGCGGCACAAAUGGAAGACUCUAUUCGAGUAUGGACAUGAGAGGAUCGAACCAGAACCCUCUUUUUACAACGCUAUUGAUAAACCUGAUCUCAAGAGGGAGGAACAGUUCCUAAUAAAAGAUAGAUUUACACAAUUAUCUCCAGCCCAACGUAGUUUACUAGUCAUGCAAGUAUUACUCAGAGCCAAAUAUGACAAUAAUGAUACAAAGAUGGGGAUUCGACGGCUACUUAAUGAUGGCACUUAUUUAGCAUGUUUUCCUUUACACGAAGGUAGAUACGAUUUGGAUAUGGACGACAAAACUCAAACAGAUAGACGGCUUUUAUAUUUAGAGUGGGCACGUCCAUGCAAAUGGUAUAAGAAGCAACCUCUCUGGCUGAUCAAAAAAUACUUUGGAGAGAAGAUCGGCCUUUACUUCUGUUGGCUUGGGUUCUAUACCAAGAUGCUAUACGCACCGGCAAUAGUUGGGACACUCUGUUUUUUGUAUGGCCUAGCGAGUAUGAAUUCUAGUGAUAACAUUCCCAGUAAAGAAAUCUGCGAUGGCUAUGGUCCAGGGAACACCACACUCUGCCCACUCUGUGACAAGGCUUGCCAGUACCAACUGCUUUCAGACUCCUGUCUCUUCGCCAAGUUAACGUAUCUCUUUGAUAACCCGGCGACUGUGUUCUUUGCUAUUUUCAUGUCCUUUUGGGCUACUACAUUCCUCGAGUUGUGGAAACGUAAACAGUCGGUGCUAAGAUGGGAGUGGGACUUGGGAGGCGUCGAUCAAGACGAAGAUCCACGCCCUGAAUUCGAGGCAUCAGUAAAAACAUUCCGUACUAACCCCGUUUCUAAAGAGAAAGAGCCUUACCUACCCACCUGGCAGAAGACUAUGCGAUAUGUUGCCACAAGCUCGGCUGUUCUUUUUAUGAUAUCUAUAGUAAUGGGUGCAGUGUUAGGCACAAUUAUAUAUAGAAUAUCAAUGGUGUCGGUCAUAUACGGCGGCAGUGGAUUUUUCUUGAAGAGACACGCAAAGAUUUUCACGGCCAUGACGGCUGCAUUGAUCAACUUAACCAUGAUCAUGAUCCUUACUCGGAUUUAUGCCAAAGUAGCAGUAUAUCUAACAAACAUUGAGAACCCGCGCACGCAGACUGAAUAUGAAGACUCUUACACGUUCAAAAUAUUCUUCUUUGAAUUCAUUAACUUCUACUCGUCACUUAUCUACAUAGCUUUCUUCAAGGGUCGUUUUUUCGACUAUCCAGGGGACGAUCAAGCUCGCAAAUCAGAGUUCUUCAAACUGAAAGGAGAUAUCUGUGACCCUGCCGGUUGUCUCUCCGAGCUCUGCAUCCAGCUAGCGAUCAUUAUGAUCGGGAAGCAAUGCUUUAACAACUUCGUUGAACUUGGCUACCCAAAGUUUCACAACUGGUGGCGUCAGAGGUCACAUCGAGCUGUGACAAGAGACCCUAGCAAACCGCAUAUGGCUUGGGAGCAGGAUUAUCAUCUGCAGGAUCCUGGGCGAUUAGCACUCUUCGAUGAAUAUCUCGAGAUGAUUCUCCAGUAUGGUUUCGUCACAUUAUUCGUGGCAGCAUUCCCUCUGGCUCCACUUUUCGCUCUACUAAACAACAUCGCAGAAAUACGUCUUGAUGCUUACAAGAUGGUGACACAAGCAAGACGACCUUUAGCGGAAAGGGUUGAAGAUAUAGGAGCUUGGUAUGGAAUUUUGAGAGGCAUAACUUAUGCUGCUGUAGUCUCGAACGCAUUUGUAAUAGCAUACACGAGUGACUUCAUCCCGCGCAUGGUGUACAAAUACGUGUACUCCCCGGACAACACUCUCGCCGGGUACAUUGAUCACUCUCUCUCACUUUUCAAUACUUCGGAUUACCGUGAGGAAUGGGGGGCGGAUGAGAACGAGGUGGACCCGCCCGUGUGCGCGUACAGGGGGUACCGCAACCCACCCGACCACAACGACCCCUACGGCCUCUCGCCGCACUACUGGCAUGUGUUCGCUGCUCGACUAGCUUUUGUCGUCGUUUUUGAGCACGUAGUGUUCGGUCUGACCGGGCUGAUGCAGCUGCUCAUCCCCGACGUGCCGGCGGAGCUGCGCACUCAGAUGCAGCGGGAGAUGCUGCUGUCCAAGGAGGCGAAGUACGAGUACGGGAGGCGGAGGCUGUCCACUACCGACCAUGAGCUGCUCAAACAGAAUAGCGAUAGCGGUGUUUCAGAAAGACAGCCAGAAGCAGGCCACUGGAUGCGGCGACAGUCGCGUGCGUCUAACGGCAUUGAUGCGCACGUCACCAUCGCGACCAGACCGACUUAGUUCAUGUACUUUACUCGUAAUUGCUAUAUAAUGGACCACAAAAACAAUGCAUCUAAGACCUUGUCUAGAAGGGGCGAAUUCGUCGCGAAUCGUAUCGCGCGAGUUCAUACACGCGUUGUCGAAAUAUUAGACAUCAAUACAUCGCGUCCACAAGCAUCGCGCGAAUUCAAAUUACGUGCGUAAAUCGCGUGCACUACGUCUCGACUCGCGCGUGAUUUGCACGUAUUGCGCGUGAGUCGAGAUACUAGGGACGCUUUGUUGCGUCUAGUUAUCAUUCGCGCCAACUCUAGAGCGAGUGUACGUUCAACUCCAUGUUUCACACUAAAUUCCUCUCCAAAUGUUCGCGCAUUGGUACGCGCCUUGUGGACGCAACGGUCGCGCGUAAUACGCGCGAAAGAAUCGCGGCGAAUUCGCCUUUUCUGGACUAAGCCUAAUUGUCAGUAUGGAUAUAGUUAUAAAACUACGUAUGUACAAAAAUUGUCUGUUGAUUGAAACUAAGAUGUUUAUAGUAAGCACAAUAUCAAGUAAGACAUCAGGCCUUCAAUAAUUAUCAUAUGUACCGAUUUAUGGGCUUACGACCAUUGUUCACGACUCAGUUGAUAAUCCGAUCACUGUCUUGUAAAAUGUCAUGGAAAUCUCAUCUAGAUAGUGUAUGAUAUCCACCAGUAAGCAUCGGAUGACAUUUGUUACAUAGAAUCUCAAUUUCGUAUACGUCGACCAGUAUACGUCAAAAAUAGUGAAUUGGCCUGCUGCUGUCUUAUUUUGGUAUUUAUUAUCAACCUAUUAAAAUAAACAAGAAAUCAAUUGACAAAAUGAUACAAAAUAAUAUAUAUAUCUUCUAUGAUACAAAAUAUAAAUGUCAUCCGGUGCUUACUGGUGGAUAUCCUACAGUAUGUAGAUGACAUUUUGUCAAUUGAUUUGUUGUUUAUUUUAAUAGGUUGUUUUGAAUUGAAUUAAAGACUCAAAAUAGUGAAUAGACCAGCAAAUCUAGAUAUUGCCAAGGAGCUAUAAGCUCGUAAAAAAUGACAACUACCUACCUAAUUAAUUAUUAACGAUGGAAUAAUUCCAAACACAACUUGUAGUCUUAGAUAAAAUAUCAUGCGCCUAAUUUAAAUAAAAUUUAAAUUAGAUUUACGUAAUUAAUAUUAUUAAGUAUUUUCGUAAACAACUAUAUUUACUUAUCUAUAAAAUAUCUAUGAGCAAAAUAUGAAUUUUAAUUUCUUUGAACUCUUAAGGCUCCUCUACACCGGCGAUAAAUCGACCAUACAUCGGCCAUAAUGAACUCUCAAAAACUGGGGGGUAAUUGCCUAACUUGAUCGGAUACGUUUGUCUGCAAAUUCAUUCCAUUAUAGUUGUCAAACUGACAGUUUUCCUUAGGAUUUGACAUUUAUUUCACGUAAAUUUCAUUAAAUAGAGCCGUCAAAAGGAUUUUUACAAUUAAGUUGUAUGCCGAUUAAGUUACACAAUUACCCACCUGAUUGCCACAAGUAUUUAUCAGCUGUCCACUUAAUCGCGUAACCUACAUAUUGGUAAUCUCAUCUGCUGAAUUUCCUGUACCGUUCGUCCAAAAAACCAACACAUAACCGAUUUUUGCAAAUCUUGUUUUUUGCAAAUGACUUUGUUUCCCUCGCGAUUUCGCCCAAGUAGAUCCCAUUCCAGUGGAAAAUUUAGGAUGUAAAGUUUUCUAUGUGCUAUAUAUACCUAUUCAUUAGAAUGAUUAUAGUCUAACAACCAGUUUCUUCAUGUAAAGCUAAAGUAACAGUAAAAGUGGUAAGUACUAAAGAAGACUUUAUUUUUCAGUGAAUAAGACCGUCACUUUCGAUUUAUUACGUUACUUUGACUGUUACUUGCGAUGAAGAAACUGGCCGUAACUCUAUGCCAAAUUUCAUUCAGAUACGUUCAGCCGUUGAGUCAUAAUUAUAACAAACAUCCUUUUAAGAGUUUAGUGAAAUUUUCAGCGUUUUCUUUCCGUAAUCCAAGACCGAUAGUGUAGAGGAACCAUUAGACUAAUGUGAUUGUUAGAAAAUACCAUUAAAAUAAUAUAAGAUAAAGAAUUUUGAAAUUAGGGUCCAAUUUAUAUUUAAGUGCUGUGUUCUCAUAGUUCUAGUCAUUUUAUGUAUAAACUACUAACCUCACCUACUUAUACUACAGGAAAUUAUACAUACACUAGCUGAAGCCGCGCGGUUUUACCCGUGUGUUUCCCGUUCCCGUAAGAAAACGGGGACAAUAUAUAGCCUAUAGCCUUCCUCGAUAAAUGGGCUAUCUAACACUGAAAGAACUUUUCCAAUCGGACCAGUAGUUCCUGAGAUUAGCGCGUUUAAUCAAACAAACUCUUCACCUUUAUAUAUUAGUAUAGAUAUAGACUAAAUAACAGCAAUAAAAAUAAAAUACCUGUGAUGCGAAAAACUACAUAACAUGAAACAUACACUUACACUUUUUGUAAUACAACUUUUUGAAGUAAAACUUCUUAAAGCACGCUUGUCUUGGGGAUUAAACUGGUUACGAAAAGUGUAAUCGAGCGAGGCGAACGAAUGUUGUGAGCGAGAGGUAAAGAAGUUUUACCUUGUACAUAUUGUGUUUUCUGUGGUUUUACUUCUAAUCUAAUCUAAUGCAACUCUUUUUUUUAUUUGCACACGCCAUUUCUAUUGCUUUUUCUAUCCUUAUAUAUCUUACUAACUGAAGGAGGUGUAUCUUCAUCAAAAUGUUUGUCCAAAUAUUUGUGAUAUUGUAGUUAAUGUAAGUUUUAGCUAUGUAUUACAUAAAUACUAACGUAGGACAAUUUAAUAACCUAUUUAACUCAUUUUAUGUAUUAUCAUAUAGCUAUAGUAAGAAUAAAUAUUUUUACUUUAUUACAACAAGCAAAUAAACGCCUUUAGUCUCUGGGUAUAUGACUACCUUCACCGAGCUGGUUAUUCGAUGAAAAGUAUUUUAUAUCAAAUUAAAUAUGUCAAUAAGCAGCUAGCAGUAAACAAACUCAUCUCGUAUCGAUUAUGGCUGGUUUUAGAGUCACGCUGAUCGGACGCUGACCGUCAGAUCAGCGCGUAGCCCAUCCCAUAGUUCUAUAGAACUGUUAGGAUAUUCACCAUGCUUUAAAAUUGUAUCCUAAUAGUUCUAUAUAGUACAGAAGUUAUAAUAACAAUAGUUAUAUAUAGUAGUAUAGUUUUUGCAUGACUCAACUUAUAGCACAUAAGUUAAAACUUAAUAUUUUUAUUGAUAUUUUAAUUCGUCUAACAAAAAUAUCCUUGUGACAACUGAAAUCAAAUAAAACUAAAUUGUUAAAACUAAGUAUUAGUCGGGUCAAAAAAAAUAUUCCAUUUGGUUAUUUAUUAUACUAAACUCAUACUACUACAUGCUUUAAUAAAAAGAGAAGAUACCACCGCACGCGCUGAUAGCUGCGCGUUAUUCUGAAACGCUCCCUAGGCGUUCAUACAUUUCGUCUGUCAGCACCGAUGGUCAGCGUCUCGUCAGCGUGACUCUAAAACCAGCCUAAAUUGAAAUCGUAUUGAUUUAGGAUAAAUAAGUUUAUAUACGUACUUCUCGAAUUUGUAAAUGUCUAAAUCUACAUGGUCUCCUAAGUAUUUAUAAAACAAUGACUUUGAUCUGAGGACUUAGUGGCAGUUUGGUACUGUUACUAUCGCGUUAACGUAAACGCGAAUUUCUAAGGAAAAAACAGCGCCAUCUAGUGGCACUACUGCACAACUGUUUCAAUUCCAUAUAAAUUCGCGUUUACGUUAACGCGAUAGUAAUGGUAUGAAAAUAUUGAAAACUCCCACUAGGCACACUGGAAUACAAGUGAAAAAUGUAAUGUAUAGAACAAAUUAAGUUAUUUGUGUAUGAUUCUCAUUAAAAUAUUAAGAAAUUUUGA